AUGCAGGACGACGCGGUGAACACUGCGCUCCAGGCGCUCGACAAGUAUAACAUCGAGAAAGACAUCGCCGCGUAUAUCAAGAAGGAGUUCGACAAGAAGUAUAACCCCACCUGGCAUUGCAUAGUUGGCCGCAACUUUGGCUCAUAUGUCACCCACGAGACCAAACACUUCAUCUACUUCUACUUGGGACAGGUCGCCAUCCUAUUGUUUAAGAGUGGAUAG